AGAAAUCUGACUAACUGUUCAUAUUUUAUAAAGUAAUACCAUAUUAUAACAACAAAGUAAAAAAAUAAAAUUAAAAAAAAAAGUUAGAGCUAAAAAAACGAUGAUUUUGAUGAUCGGGAAUUUCCGUAACGCGUUCGGCAAUUUCCGCCGCUAUUUUACCCCGAUGACGUAUGUGUGCACCACUGCGCAUGACGAAUAUUCCCAUGUUAUGUACAGUAUGCACUGAAGCAUGCAAAUUUCCCUCAAAACUUCAAGGAUUACAAGACUGUGUUGAUCAUUCACUUGCAUAUACUUAAUUUAUAAUCUCUUUUGUGUUGAUUACGAGUCGAACUUUUACAUGACAUUGAGGAUUUACUGAUUUAUAAGAUGGUUCAAUGUGCAGCGUUUGGCUGCAAUGCUCGUUCUGAAAAGCAAACGGAGAAGAAAGGAUUCUUCGGCUUCUCAAAGGACGAAAGUAUUAAGCGGAAAUGGAUUCUAGCCGUGAAUUCACGAAGGAUUAUCGACGGAAAGGUGGUGGACUUUACGCCAAGCAAAUAUGCAAAACUCUGCAUAAAACAUUUUGAGGAUAAGUGCUUUGUCCACCCCCCCACCCCGAGUGUGAUGGCGAGUGCGGGCUUUGGGAUGAGACUGUCGCUGCAUCCUGAUGCAGUGCCAACUUUGUUCCCUCACACGGACAACUUCAAGGCAUUACAGCCGAAAGCCCUAAGGCCAGACGAGUUAGGAGCCCCCAAACGGAAACGUGACAACUAUGGUGCUUUUUCCAAGAGAAAUCGCAAAACGGCUCGAAGGCGCACAAGGAAUUACUGUUGGUCAUCGGAAGCAAGCGUCUUCUCUCUGACAUUCGCAUGCUGUCACCAGCUGAACAGACCUCGAUGCUGGAGGCUCAACACAAGGUGGUCUGCCAAUUUGCGCCAAAAUUUUCUGCUUUUCAUACGCAGCAAUGAAACAGAGAUUGCAUCUGGCAGCCCUGCAUUCCGUUUCUAAUGCGCACAGGAAACAUGCAGAGACGAAGAACGGCGAAAAGCGCUACAGGAUUUCGUAUCCAAAGUACAAGGCGGGACACCAUGUCGUGAAACCUGUCAAAGAGGCCUGCAAUUAUGAUUAUGUCACAGAGCUCAUGGUUGAAUUGCUGCAAUUAAAACAACAGUUCAAGAGCACCCGGAUUGCUAAGCAGGCAUCUUCUUCCAUUCUGUUCUCUCCACCACCAUUAGCAUCAUCUGCGAAGAAAAUUUUAAAGAAUGAAGCAGUGCAGUUGCACCGCUCUAGGUUUAAUUAAUUACAGUAAUUGGAAACAACUUGGCAUGCCAUUUGUCAUGUAUUGCUCCAGCUGGGUUAAGUGUACGUGCGUAAGGUGUCAUCCCAGAUUAGCCUGUGCCAUAUAUGUUUGUAAUUAAUUUAAAAAAUCCUCGCGCUGGAAAGAUGGGACAAAGCGUGCGCAAAAUAUCUCGUCCCAUAUUAGCCUGUGUCCCUGAUAAGACUGUGCAGACUCGACGUGAACACAUGAAAUGCCCCAAGUUUUAUAUGACAAUGUCUACGAAUGUGUCCUUUUGACAAAUUAGAACCUAGCUGAAGCACUGAUCACGUAUUGUUUCAAAUUAACAUAGCAACUACAGUUAUUUUUUUGAAAAAUGUGAAUGUAUUAUUUUGACAAAUAUGCUGUAAUAAUAGUUUUCCCAUUGUGUGCUAUACUGUUAGUAUAAAAAUGUUAAUGUCAACACCUUUAUUUUUAAAUGUUGGGACCAUGUAGUGUUUUUGUGUGAUAGUAUUGGUCUGUAAAAGAUGUUUUAAAAGUCAUUUUGUUAAGGGUACUUAAUUUGACUCCAUGACAAGUUGUAUUGCAACAUUGUGCUAGUAAAGCUCAUUUACUUAUUCCGUCCAGUUUUCUAAAACUUGUCGUCAGGUUACAAGUUGUUCUGUUGUUGUGUCUGUGGUAAUUUAUAUUUUUAGAUGUUGCAAUAAACU